AAAAUCCUGAUGGCGCCGAUUGUCAGAGUGAAGCAGGGCCUAUUGAAGGGUUAUGUCGAGCGGAAUGUCGCUGGUGGAGAGUUCUUUUGCUUCCGCGGAAUCCCGUUCGCGGAGCCACCAGUCGGCGAGUUAAGAUUCCAAGACCCCCAGCCGGCAAAGUCCUGGAAGGGAAUUCGCGAAGCCGUUCAAGAUGGCGGCGAAUCCGUCCAACAGGACAUUGUCUCCAAAGAGGUUAUAGGAGGCGAGGACUGCCUUUAUUUAAAUGUAUCGACGGAAUCUUUCGACAAACCGAAGCCCGUCAUGUUUUGGAUCCAUGGGGGCUCUUUUGUCGUGGGGUCCAACAGCCAUGAGAUUUUCAGGCCCGAUUAUCUCAUCAAACAUGGCGUCGUCUUUGUGUCAACCAACUACAGACUUGGCUUUUUAGGUUUUUCAAAUUUGGAUCACCCAUUGGUAUCGGGAAACCAAGGCCUUAAGGAUUUGAAGGCAGCACUGCAGUGGGUACAGGAAAAUAUAAGGUCUUUCGGCGGUGAUCCUGAAAACGUCACAAUUUUCGGGGGCAGUGCAGGAUCCUCGUGUGUCCAUUAUCUCUGUGUCUCUCCUUCGUCCAAAGGUCUCUUCCACAAAGCCAUCAUGCAAAGUCACUCCCUUUUUAAUCCCCCGAGCUUCCGGAAGAAUAGUUUGCCUCUCGGGUUCAAGAUGGCCGCCAUAUUGGAAAAGGAGACCUCCGACGUCGAGGAACUCGUCACCUUUUUUCGUUCCUUACCCUUGAAGGAACUCAUGGAGGCACAGAGCAAGAUAACAACCAAUCUGACAUUAGAUGACUUAGAGAUGACAGUAGGCCCGUCCAUUGACGACAAAAGUCCAACUCCAUUUUGUGCGAUUUCUGGGAUGGAACUAGCAAAACAAGGAAUUCGUGUCCCCUUAAUAAUCGGAUUUAAUUCCUUCGAGGGAGCUCUUAAAUUAAUAAACCAUCGGGAAAACUGGCACGAGUGGUUAGAGGACCACUUUGAGGAAAUCUUGAAGACCGUUGCCAAAGUACGUAAUGUCUGCGGAAAACCGGAAAUUGUUAAGAUUAUCAAGGACAUGUACUUCGAGGGGGGUCCUGUAACCUCUUCCCAUGUUAAUGAAUAUCUCCAUUUCAUGGGAGACGUGACUAUUUAUAAUGGCAUACAGAAAGUCAUUGAGCUGCAAGCCGACCUCGAGACGCCGACCUUUGUUUAUAAAUUUGUUCACGUUCCGAAAUUCAGCAUCCUCGAGACCGUCACAAAAACCAAAGUCAAUGAGUCGACUCACGGCGAUGAACUCAGCUGCUUAUUUCAUAUACCGAAAUUCACGGGCGAUAAGAGUUAUCAAUCUGGCACAAUGGAUUACCUUGUCACGGAGCGAAUGACUCGCAUGUGGACGGACUUUGCCAAGACAGGGACACCGACGCCGAAGAUUGACGACGUAAUAACGAGAAAAUGGCCGCCAUUGACGAGCUCGGCGAAGAACUACUUGGAGAUUUCCGAACAGCUGGUCCCUGGCAUUAAUCCCAACGGAGAUAUGUGGAAGAAAUGGAAGCCAUUGUUGGAGUAAAAGAUUCUUGGGUUAGGAACUCACCGCAACAUGCCGUAUCUUAGGUGAAAUCGACGAAGACGCGUAGAAGGCUUGGCAGGCACGCGAUUCCUGGAUAACCAAGUGGCGCCCCGCGGCGGCUGGAAGUCGAUUUACUCGAGAAAGGAGUCCCUCUUCCCGGGAUUCCGAGGGCAGGGUUCGAAAAAUAUUUCUCACUUGAUAAAAAUUCACCCUACGUAUGCGCCAACACUCGCGAGAGAGAGAGCUGGUCUCUCGGGAUUUCUUUCCGCGCAGGCUGCAGCGAUGCUGCAUACGAAGAAGGCGGCUGGAAUUUUCAUGUACUCCAUGAUGGGCAUGACGCUAAGAUGAAAUAACGUUGACGAGGUUACCGCAUAAUUCCUGGAAAUUUCCAGACCUUCCCGUCAGACUAGCGUUUCGCAUUUUUAAGGCCGAUCUUUCAAGAAGCUUCUAUACGGGAAUAUCGUCUGCCACAUUCUGGGAAAACCAACCGUUACGGACGAUAAAAGCACAGGGUAACGUUCACGAAGUUGCCGCAUAAUUCCUGGAAAUUUCCAGACUGGUAGUUUGCGUUCUUAAGGUCGAUCUUUCAAGAAGGUUCUAUACGCGAGUAUCAUCUACCAUUUUUUGGAAAUACUAAUCGUCGACAAACAAUAAAAGCAGAGAGGAACGCUGCCGCAUAAUUC